CGGAAGCCAGAAAGGGCAUCCCGUUCCCUGGAACUUAGAGUCACAGGUGGUUAUAAACUGACAUGUGGGAGGUGGGAGCCAGACCCCGGUCCUUUGCAAGAGCAUAUAGAUGCUCCUAACCAUCUCCCCAGCUCCUCUACGUGUUCACUGUUGGAAUUAGUGGUAAUAUAAACCCUAUGUGCAAGGUUUUGCAUGGACACACAGUUUUGUUUCUGUUGGCUAAGUACCCACAGUUGCUAGAUCCAUAGUGAGUGUGUCUAACCCUUUGAGGAACUGCCAGGCUGACCCAGUUGUUCGGUCUGACACGCAGCGUAUGAGAUUCUCUGUCCGUGUGUAGCAUGUGCCCACAUGUGUGUACAUCUCUCCACCUAUAUGAACAUCAGAGCCCCUACUAUAUCCUUUUCCUAUUCUCCUGAGAUAGAUCUCUGGACCCACAACUAGGAUGGGAUCCAACAAGUCCUCAUGGUCCUCCUGGAUUCUCUCUCUCUCUCUCUCUCACACACACACACACACACACACAUGAGUCCUCGUGAUCUUCCUGGAUUUACAUAAAUACAAACAGUCCUCAUGAGCCUCCUGCAUUCACACGCACAGUGUUUCGAUUACAGGGGUGUGCAGGAGCACACCUGCCUUUUUUUUUUUUUUCAAUGUGAAUUCUCAAGGACUCAUGCUUGCCUUGCAAGCAUUCUUGCCAACUGAUCCAUCUCCCCAGCCCUUGUUGUCACCUUUCUUAUCUUAGGCAUCCUGCUAGUGUGAAUCGGCUGCUGUCUUAUUGUAGGAUUGAUGUGAAUUUCCUUGACGAUAUCAACAUUGAGCGUCUUUCCUCACAUGGUCGUUUGUGUAUCUUCCUUGGGGCAGUGUUACGUUGGGUCUGUUCAGAGUCUUUGCCUGUUUAAAAUCGCAUUGAUUUUUAUUGUUGAGUCAUAUGUAUUACUUAAAUGGAGGUGAUUCAUCGAUGUUCACAGCAAUACACUUGGUGGCCACAGAAUCUUAGAAAAUUUGGCUUAAGUUGGACAUGGGAGUUAGUAGGAAGGUUUGUACUCCACAUUUUGGGGACACGUGAAAGCUUUCUGGUUUACUGUAGAACCCACGUCAUGACCAGUGCCCUGUCAGACAGCUGUGCUUCAGCAAUCUCCCUGGGUGCCCAGAAUGUUGUAGAAGCCACCACCUAAAAAUACACUGUUUUAGCAAGUGUCUUCGCCAUACUUCCCCAUACUUCUUGGUUGCAUAUAAUAAAUUCGUUUUCGUGUGUUUUCAGUUCUUCAGACAUUAACUUUGUAUUGACCAAGUAGAAUGUUACAGGGGUCUCCAGACCUCAGAAGGCCUCAAUGAAAGAGAUUACUAAGAGGCCUGUCCACUCUGCCUCUGCCUGGGCAGUGGUCUCGCCCUCACCCCUGGUCUGGCUCUGCUCUAUUUUAUCCAUGUUCCACCCUUCUUUCCACUGACCACAUGCUCAUCCUGCAUCAAAGAGUCAUGGGGGCAACUGUUCCAAGCCUCCUCCUUUGUCACUUAAGUGUCAGCAGUGUGAUUCUAGUCUGUCCCUUGAGUAUCUGUUUUCCAAAAUUCUCCAUCUCUGAGCCUCUGCAUUCUGGCCACGUGCUUCUUUCCUCUUCAUCUGCAAGCCUCCGCCUCACUACCCAUCGGCAGAGGCCCUCUCUCUCCUAUCUCGUGGAGCCCCAGUUGCCUGUGAACGUCUGACUAUUCUGAUGGAGGCCCCACUCAGUAUCUCCCAGUCCCCAGGGAAGGAGGCAAGGGGAAGUCUGCCUCCCCUGACCCAGCACCAUAUCGUGCUUCUUAGUAAAGAAAGGGCUCUGUGCUCCUAAAAAUGUCAGGAAACCACAGAGACUCUUGCUUCAUUUUUCAUGUUAAAAAGCUGAGGCUUAGAGAAUUAAAGCGACUUGCUCAAGGCUGCAUUACAGAAGUGUGUGGCGGAACUGAAAGGCCCGUCCCAGUCCCUCCAAUGAGGACUUCAUAUCCUUUCAUUCUUCAACAUAAGAGCCUACCAGAACUGGGCAUGAUUCCUCCAAUGGCCAGACAGAGUCUCAGUAAAACAACAAGAAUGUGUGUGGAGGGCUCUUGGUUAGCCAGGGGUGUAGUUGUGCGGCCCCCUCUGCCCCAAGAGGAGACAGUGGAGUGAGGUGGAAUGAGCCUACAGUGCUAGGCUCCCAUUUCCCAGAGCUCAGACUGUCUCCACCUGGAAAAGAGAGCACGUGUCAGCUGUGUUCGAGAAAACUCGCAAGCAAGUUUGGAGGUGACGUCAGCAGGAGCAGCGCCAGCUGUGCUGUCAUGGCGUAAGAUGCAGACUCCCCUAGAGGAUUCUCAGCUGUGCCAGUUCAUAGGCAGCUGUCCCAAGCAAGUCGCCAUUCUGUGCCUUCGUGUCUCAUCUAAAUUCAAUGUCGUCAUUCCGUCCUGGGAGAGGGCACAGUGAGAGUCGCAGGACUGUGUUUUACACCAAUGAAGAGUGGGAACUUCUAGACCCGCCUCCUAAGGACCUGGAGGAGUCCCUCGCACAGGAAGACAGGAAAAAGCCAGUGCCUGAGGGGAGUAAAGGAGUCACUAGUUCAGGAUUCCCCUUUGAGUUUGGACGGAAUCCUUACAAAGGAAAGCGCCCCUUGAAAGACAUAAUUGGGUCAUACAAAAACCGCCACAGCAGUAGUGACCCUUUGAUCGAGGGAACAUCAUCAGGCAGCAGUGGGGGUCUCGCUAAGCCAGUCCCUGAAAUGCAGCUGCAGAUUCAAAGCCAGCAGGAGGAGCUGGAGCAACUCAAGAAGGACCUAUCCAGUCAGAAGGAGCUCGUUCAACUGCUCCAACAGACGGUCCGAUCCUCACAAUAUGACAAGUAUUUUAUGAGCCACCAGAUCAGCCAGGGGGUCCCAAGGGACACACUGGAGCUCCUCCACCAAAAGGACGAGCAGAUCUUGGGCCUCAGCGGCCAGCUGGAGCGGUUCGGCCUGGAGAAGGAAAGUCUCCAGCAGGAAGUGAGGACUCUGAAGAGCAAGGUGGGAGAGCUCAAUGAGCGGCUGGGGAUGCUAAUGGAGACCAUCCAGGCCAAGGACGAGGUCAUCAUCAAGCUCAGCGAAUGUGAGGGCAGCGUGUCUUCGCCCACCAUGGGACCCAGCUCUCCUUUGGCCACCCCAGCCAGCCGGGACCAGCUGGAGCUGGACAGGCUAAAAGACAGUCUACAAGGGUACAAAAGCCAAAAUAAAUUUCUAAACAAGGAAAUUUUGGAACUCUCAGCUCUACGAAGAAAUGCAGAAAGGAGAGAGAGGGAUCUGAUGGCGAAGUACUCUAGCCUGGAAGCCAAGCUCUGCCAGGUUGAAAGUAAAUACUUGAUACUGCUCCAAGAAAUGAAGACACCAGUUUGCUCAGAAGAACAGGGCCCUGCCAGGGAUGUCAUAGCCCAGUUGUUGGAGGACGCUCUGCAGGUUGAGAGCCAAGAGCAGCCAGAGCAAGCGUUUGUCAAGCCUCAUCUGGUCAGUGAGUUCGAUAUCUACGGGUUUAGGACUGUCCCUGACGAUGAUGAGGAAGAGAAAUUGGUCGCCAAGGUCCGAGCAUUGGACCUGAAGACUCUGUACCUCACAGAAAACCAGGAAGUUUCCACUGGGGUCAAGUGGGAAAACUAUUUUGCAAGCACAAUGAACAGGGAGAUGGUGUGCUCUCCUGAGCUGAAAAACCUGAUCCGAGCAGGCAUUCCCCAUGAGCACCGCUCCAAGGUGUGGAAGUGGUGUGUUGACCGUCACACCAGGAAGUUCAAGGACAGCAUGGAGCCAGGCUACUUCCAGGCCUUACUCCAGAAGGCUCUAGAGAAACAGAACCCGGCCUCCAAGCAGAUUGAGCUGGACCUGCUUCGGACUCUGCCCAAUAACAAACAUUACUCCAGCCCCACGUCAGAGGGCAUACAGAAGCUUCGCAAUGUCCUGCUUGCCUUCUCAUGGAGGAAUCCGGAUAUUGGCUACUGCCAAGGCCUAAACAGGUUGGUGGCAGUGGCGCUCCUUUACCUGGAACAAGAGGAUGCUUUCUGGUGUCUCGUUACCAUUGUGGAAGUCUUCAUGCCUCGAGACUAUUACACAAAGACUCUAUUAGGAUCCCAGGUGGACCAGCGGGUGUUCAGAGACCUCCUGAGUGAGAAGCUGCCUCGACUGCACACCCAUUUUGAGCAGUACAAAGUGGACUACACCCUCAUCACCUUCAACUGGUUUCUGGUGGUAUUCGUGGACAGCGUUGUCAGCGACAUCCUCUUUAAGAUAUGGGACUCUUUCCUUUAUGAGGGACCAAAGGUUAUUUUCCGUUUUGCCCUGGCACUUUUUAAAUACAAGGAAGAGGAGAUCCUGAAGCUGCAGGAUUCGAUGUCCAUUUUCAAGUAUCUCCGAUACUUCACUCGCACUAUCCUUGAUGCCAGGAAGCUGACCAGCAUCUCCUUUGGGGAUCUGAACCCCUUCCCCCUGCGCCAGAUCCGGAACCGGAGAGCCUACCACUUGGAGAAGGUCCGGCUGGAGCUGACAGAGCUGGAGGCCAUUCGAGAGGACUUCCUGCGUGAGCGGGACACUAGCCCUGACAAAGGCGAGCUGGUUAGCGAUGAGGAGGAAGACACUUGAAUGAAUCCCCACCCCAGGAUGCUGCCUUCCUUCUUGCCUUCCUUCAUAACCAAAAGUAGCAAAGGCGCAUCUGCACAUCAGCUGUCAGAAUGAAACAUCUACAGCCUCUGGGCACCUGCGGGGCAGAUGUCCAAAGCUAAGCUGCACUUUCUCGUCUGCCAUGAGGGCAGGGGUCUGAUGGCUUUACAGCCAUUUCCAUGCCGUGGCAUUCAGUCAUAUGCGUCAUAUGCUUGCUGCCUGAUGGGUGAGUCACCAGGCGACUGUUUCCAAGGGCCUGUUUACAUCAUCUGCCAGUUGUAUGUUUCACCUACAGAAACUGUUUGACAUUUCCCUGUGCGCUUUCUUUUUAUCCAAGGGCAACUCUGUGGAGGAGUGCACAUGGAGCUGCAGCGUGGCUGCAUCCAGGGGUAAAAGGUCACCAUAAGAAGAGGGACCUCUUUAAAAAAAAGCGAGCACAGAACUGGCCUCCCUAGAGAGCGUGGGAGCCCUCUGCUGGUGGCUUCGCACUGCCAGCCACUAUCCCUUCUGGACUAACCUUUGCCCUCCUAUACAGCCUUUUCAGAUUGUAGCACUCACGCUGCUCUGCAGCCAGCCCCACACUUCUCAUUGCCAGCUAUUCUGCCAGAUGUCUGUCCCAGCUUACAGUGGGGCUAGCGCAUCUGGGAGGUGACUUAUAGACAACAUUCUCCAACUGUGGCUAGAUUGGCGUUCCAAAGGAACCUUACAGUAACCCACCCCUGCAUAAAGGAACACAGGAAACUCCUAUCUGUGGCUUGUGGGCUCCUGGAUGGCAGUGGCCAGGGCUCUAGAAUCUCUUCUGCCCAACAGCUGGGUGGGGAGUAGAGCUGACUGCCAGCUUCCUACAUCUGGAAGCACCUUUGCUUGGGAACAAGAGUAAUGAGUUCUCCUAGUCUCUGUGUUGCCUGGAUCAUCCUUGUCCUUAACAGGGAUCUGAGGACACUGUGGCCUCUGGUAUAGCAGACUCUGGGGACUUGGAACACUUCCUUCUUGAAGCCCAGAGAGGGUCUGAACAAAAAAGGUUAUUUUUGCUCAGUCCCAGAGCAUCCCUAAUGGUGGCUGUUAUGAGAAAACAUCUUCUUACACAGUAUUAUGGGAACACAAGGGAAACAGCCUCAAGUGGACUACUUUACACUACCUAGGGAAAAGAAAUUAGAAACAAUCCUUAGUGUAAACACACUCAGACUGAGGAGUGGAGCAAGACAGUUUCGAGAAACGCUUUUUCCAUGACCCGUUUUCCUGUUUUUGCUGUCUGCUUUCUAGCACUUGAAUGGCUGAGUCCAUUUUCAGCAUCUAAAUUUGCUUCACUUCUCUAAAGUUGCUUCAUAUAUUACCAUGUAAAAGGAGCUGGUCUCUAUAUUUAGCCAAUAGCCCGUCUCUUUUCAGGUAUCAGAAAUGUCAUCCUUGUGUCUUUGAGAUGAUGGUUUGAGGCCCGGCUUCUUGAAGAAGCUGUCUGGAGCUGGACAGUGAUCUAUCUCACCACUGUUCCUAGGCCUCCCUGAGACCAAAUGCUGGAAGAUGCCCCACCCCCUGUAAGAUGCCGGCUGUCAGCCUUGGGGACAGCUGUUAGGAGGUUAGAGUUGGAGCCCCAUGGCUUAGCUCCAGCCGCUCUGAUUUCGGUUGUCAUGUCAAUUUCCUACCAGAAGAUCCAGUCCAAAUAAGUAUUUGGUGUGGAUGCUCUCAGUGGAGCAUUUGGUGUGGAUGCUCUCAGUGGUGGGUUGCUUUCGCCCUGGCACCAGUGGAGGCAUCUUUAAGUACUUGGUGAUGCUGAGGACAGGACCAUGUUCCUGGCAUGCGGGGCCCUGGGUUCCAUCCCAGUGAUGAAAAAAAAUCUUCAGUAUGUGGGGAUUGUGGGGAGGCGCUGUUCUGCCAUCCCCUGAGAGACAGCAUUAGUUUCUCAGGCAGUUAGUAUCAGUGCCCAGGUAAAAGUCUCAAGAGGUCCCAAAGGGACUCUCCUCCCUGGAAUAAAUGACUCGAUGUCUGCAGAGCGGAGAAGGGACGGUUGCCCUCUUUCCAGUUUGGGGACAGAAUAACAGAGAUUCAUCCCAGAGGCACAGCCCCAGUGGUUGAGCCAUCGUCUCUCAUGCCCUCGUCACUGAGAUUGUCUUUACCCUCCAGUACUCCUGAGACUCCAGACUUCUACCAGACACCAUGGCAGGUACCCCUAAGGUCAGUGGCUGCCUCAGGCUGCUUUUCAUCUAAACCUUUACCCAGCAUGCAACCCAUGGCUCCUGCCUGGUGAGCCUUGUGGGCUGAGAAACCCAAAGCACAGCCUCCAGCGCGUGGGUCCAAAUGCGUGUGCCACAGUAGGGGAGCACCCUGCCCUCAGCACCCCAUAUGGUGGGACUUGCCAGUAUUUCAACUGUUGAUACUUUUAUAUUUUCACUACAUUUUAUAUUUUUAUAGACUAUUUUAUAUUAAGGUUUUUUCUAGAUUCUGUACAACUUUUAUAUAACAAGUUCUAUUUUGUGUGCACAUCUCCCCUGUAUGUAUUUAUAGCAACCCAAGCCUCUCAAAUUCCAGGUCCCUCUUGUGCCACCUUUUCCCCUUAGCCUUGACUGUCACUCUCUUCUGCUCACCGAGGUAGCCUCGGGGGCUACUUCUAGCCACCAUGACAGCCAGACAGCAGGAACUGGUGUUUGUCAGCUGUGGUCUGUUGAUACAGGAAGUACUCUGGGCAGUAACCCAGUAGCUAUGUUACUGCACAAGCCCUUCUCGCUUAGUGCAGUGAUGUCCUGGUGCAGCCACCUGUGGGCGGGUGGCUGGACCCAUCACGAAAGUCCUUGAAGACAGAGGCUAGAUGAAAGCCCAGUGUCUGAGGUCCUUCUGUGGGCAACUGGAGGACUUGAGGGCACACUGCCAAGUGACUGUCCUUUUAUAUCCUAGCAGCUUCUGUGCUCACCCUUGAGUUAAAUGUUAGACUUUUAAAGGAAGAAAUAAACUAAUUUGUAUUACAUUCUGCCUCGAAA